AUGUAUCAAGCCCCGGACAACAACGAAGUCGAGGUUGUUGUGGACGACGUCUCUAGGGACGAUGCCCAGUCGGAGAUCGGUAGCGUAAGGAUUCAACUCACCUCUCUUCCCAACUUUUCGUCGCGUCACUGCCUUCAGCGAGCCCAAUUGAGAAUCCACAGCCUGGCAUCAUCGACGACCAGUCUUCGGUCAUCUCUUCGAGAUUACCGUGAGGAGAAUGGUCGGACUUAUCAUCGGUACAAGGAUGGCAAAUACAACAUUCCGAAUGAUGAGAGAGAGAAGGACAGACAAGACUUGGAACACCAGCUAUGGCUUCUUACCCUUGACGACAGACUCGGUGUUGCCCCACCGUGCCGAGAAAACGCCCAAGUCGGUCGGGUGCUUGAUGUCGGCACUGGCACGGGAAUCUGGGCGCUCAACUUCGGGGACGAGCACCCUGAAUCCGAAGUCCACGGAAUCGACCUGUCUCCGGUUCAGCCAGGGCAUGUUCCCCCGAAUGUCAGAUUCGAGAUCGACGAUAUUGAAGACGAGUGGAACUUCUCGCAACCGUUCGACUACAUACAUAGUCGAGUAAUGACUUCAAGCAUCAGUGACUGGCGCCUAUAUUUGCGCAGGUGCUAUGAUAACCUCAAUCCUGGUGGUCACCUCGAGCUCCAGGAGCUCGAUUGCGUACCGCGCUCUGAUGACGGAACCCUCACGUCUGAAAGUCCCCUGAUGAAGUGGGCUGAUCUGCUAGUUGAAGCGUCAGAAAGGUUAGGGCGCCCGUACAUUGACAUACCUCCUCUCAAGGAUAUUAUGGCUGAAAUAGGCUUUGAGAACGUUGGUAUCUAUUUGCACAAGUGGCCCACGAAUGAUUGGCCGAGAGACUCUCAGUUCAAAGAGCUUGGAAUGUGGCAGAACGAGAGCAUGAUGGAAGGACUUGAGGGCUUCACUAUGGCUCCCCUAACGCGCGCCCUAGAAUGGACGAAGGAUGAGGUCAAUAUCUUCCUCAUCGACGUGCGCAAGGAGAUCAACAACAGAAAGGUUCACGCAUACUGGCCAACCUUCUUCAUUGUUGGCCGGAAACCUCUGAAGGAGAAGACGCCGGCCCCGUCCGCUUGA